UCUGUUUCCCCGCGAACGGUCACCGGUCCUCCCGCUGAGGAAACGUCUCCACACCGCUGUCGCCGCCGGGGAGUCCGGAUCUCUAAAGCGAACACACCCGGCCCCUUUCUUUUCUUUCUUUAUUUCUUUUAUCUCCAUCUCUUCAUCCGUCUCCAAAACUUUUGCAGACUCUUGACAGCGUGCACGCGGCGCAUUUUUUUUUGGGGGAUACUGUUGAUUUGGAGUCUCGGAACUUUUCAGUGCAAGAGAAAAAGAGACAGAAAGUUCCCGAGACUUUGGGAGGAGAAUGAUUCUGCUGGGGGCCCAGCUGCUCCACUGAACACAUGGCUUGGUGUACGGGCGGAGGCCCAGGAGGAAGGUGGAGGCUCCGUCAUGCCGUCCAGGUCGUCCUGCUGUGGAUGAGUCUGCAGCGGUGCGCGCUGGGCUGCAGCUCCACCAACUGUAUCGCGACGCUGACGGACUCCCAGGGGGAGUUCACAUCGCCCUGCUACCCCGACAAAUACCCCAAUUUGCAGACGUGUAAGUGGACGCUGCAGGCCCCCGCCGGCUUCAUCAUCCAGCUCUCAUUCCUGGACUUUGACCUGGAGGAGGCGCCGGGCUGCAUCUACGACCGGGUGGUGGUGAACACGGGAAACGCGGAUGUUAAGUUCUGCGGCCCGACGGCCAGCGGGCUGACCCUGAACUCGACGGGGAACGUGAUGGAGCUGUCCUUUGACUCCGACUUCAGCGUGCAGAAGAGAGGGUUCAGUGUUAGCUUCAGACACGUUGCCGUGGCGCUGAGGAACCAGAAGGUCGCCGUAUCCAACGGCAACGGCCAGGUCACCAAGGUCGGCAACUCCGUUUCCAUACCGACGCUCAGUCAGCUCACCCUCUGCUUUGAGGUGGAGCGCAUCGGCAGCCAUAAAGAGAAAGAGUGGCUCUUCACCUACCACGACAGCAGCAACAACGUGGCGCUGAGCCUGGGCGCCGAUCAGACCGGCAUGAACCUGAUUGUGGACUCGGUGGCGUGCUCCAUCGACUCCAUCCUCUCCGCCGCUGACCUCACCGCCGCCAUGAAGCCUUUCUGCGUGACCUGGAUGUCCUCCAACGGGAAGGUGGCGGUCUACUUCAACGGGAACCACUGGGCCAAAACCUGCUCCACUUCUAUUGGACACUCGGUACCAGCCGGGGGGGUGUUCCGGUUAGGAGGUCAGCAGAGCUUCGACGGGAAUAUCUACAACCUCCGGCUGUGGAACUACGCCAUGCAGGAGCUCAGCGAGAUGAACUGCAACGUGGUGGGGAACGUCAUCGAUUGGGACAACAGCCACUGGACCAUCCCGUCCGCCUUGGCCCAGACCGACACCACGCUCAGCUGCAGUGAGUACAGCAAACUUGGAUUGAAUUGA